AUUUGAUAAAAAUAAUGAACAAUAAUCAUCCUUUAAUUAAUUAAAGCUAUAAUAUAAACAAUGAACAUUAGACAAAAGAAAUUUGACGUUCAACAAACGAACGAACGAAGUAGCAAAUUUUGUGUUCGAAAUAAAUUAAUUCUGACUGUGGUGUAAAUACACUACAGUCAGAAUUAUGCUUGUCCAGCUUCUUGACGUCACAAAGUAGCAACAUCUCCUGGUAGAAAACAGAACUACGGUUACGGAAUCGUUCUGUAAUUAGACGCCAGUCUUUUAUUGGCGUUUGGGCUAUUCUUUGUUAAUUGCAUAUUCGUUUCCAUUGUCGAAAACACAAUACAGGUAUUAAAACGCUAUUGUCGAGUAAAACUUAUUGUUUACGUCAUUUAACAAAGAAUUUAACAAGAAGACCGAGAAAUUGUAACUGCGUUGAGAAAAGGAUUUAUUUUUACGGACGUUUCCGACUUAACAGGAAGGAAUUUGUGGAAAAUUGAAAAUUUUACAGUUGGGGGCAGGCUAAGUCAAUAUGGAGACGGAGAGAUUUACCUUGAACCGGUUGAUGGAAGCAGCGCUGAACCCGCCCGAUGAGGGCGCGGUCAAUUUCAAAAUGUUGCGGAUGGUGCUGAAAGUUAUAAUCGAGGAACUGGACCUGGGGGAGGUGGAGGCCGAGGUUCCGGCCGAAGACGUCGGAAGGAAAACCCGGAAGAGAAGGAAGCGGAAAUACCACCGACUGGAGACUUCCAGAAAACCUACAGAAGGGGAGAAGAAGGAGGCGGAAAAUUGCCAACGGGAAGAAGAGAAAAGGGGAGAAAGGUCUGAAGCUGAAACCACCGAGGAAAGCCGCCGUUCUCGGUCUUCUUUCUCGGACCGGGAGGAAGAGGACGAGUGGGAGAGAGAGCUGGAAGAGCACCCGAGCCCGGCCGGGGGAAACGAAGCCAGUCCAUCCCCCGAAGGGUCGGAGAGCUCCAGCACCGGGAAAGAAGAAAGUUCGGACGGGGACGAAGAGUGGGGAACGGACUACUCCUCUGUCAGAAGCCGCCACCGCCGGCAGCGAGAAAAGGAAUCUUCGAUUUCCGCCGGUUCCGAAUCCGGUUGUACGGGAAUCAAACGGAGAGCGAUGGAAAUGUGGAAAACCGCCUACUUUUCUCGGCGCCUAGAGGCCGUCCAGGAAGGUUUGCAUAAGGUGAUAAACGUCCUUGGUGUCCACGCCCGAACCGUCGAUGCUCAAAGAAGAGACUUGGAAAAGGAAAAAAUGGCGCGGGAUGGCGUUACUCGCGGCCUGAGCAAGAUAGUCAGUCGCCUGUCGGAAUCCGCGAACGAAACGGAAGCCAAAUUGAAAUUGGUGGUAACCGGAGAAGAAUUAGUGGAUUUUAAGAAAGAAGUGGACGGGAAGUUGGCCCGGCUGGAUUUAGAAAUUAAAGAACUGCACCGAGUUUCGGCCGGAGUGGAAGAAAGCGUCAAUCGAUUGCUAACAGAGACCGAAACGUUAAAGGAAAAAACCGGCUUCUUAGAAGAUAACACCGGCCUCUACCGCCAUAAAAGUCCAGAGGAGGUGGACUUUCCUGCCUUAAGAGAAAUGUUUCGGAACUUCGUGGACGAAAUGCGACCCAUCAAAGAGAAGUUUCAAAGAGAAUUCGAAACGGAAUCCGAGCAAGACACCAGUAUGUCGGAACAGGUGACCAAUCUGAGAAUAAACGUCAGAAAUCUCAUCGAAAACGACAAAAUCGUAACGGAAAAAUUUCAAAGAUUGGAAGAGGACGGUGCUAAACAAAAGGAAAUCCUCGAUAUAUUGGUCGAAGCUAACGAAAAAGGAUUCGCUCCCCAGGAUAAAGAGGAUUUCUACGACAUGCAGAAAAGACUUAGACAGUUAGAGAUCGACUGUCGACAGCUCGGCGCAUUAAACGACUUGGACCUGGCCAUCGCCACCUUAAAAGCCAUUAAAGUGAAUAAAUCCGAAGUGGAAGCCGCACUAUCGCGAAAAGCGGAGAAUAAAGUGGUAGAAGUUAAGGUGGACAGGACGGAAUACGAGAAAGUGACGGGAGAACAUUGCUUUAAAUUGAAACAGCUGGAGAAGGACGUCGACUACAUUAGAGAAAAUCUGGAUGUGGAGGUGAGAAGGAUAUCGGACGAACUCGAUAAUAAAGUUCAUCGAAUCGAUAUCGAAACUUUAACAGAAAGCGUUCACAGAAGAUUGAAGGAUCUUACUUUCAAACUCAAACGACUUGGAUACGCCGUGCAAAUUGAAACACAGAUGCCCGCUGCAACCCGCACCGAAGCUAAAUGCCUGUCUUGUGGAGUGUGGACUAGAAGACUGCAAAAUUCAGUGGUGAAGAGUCUACCGCCAACCGUCUUUAGUAAAUGCGGACAAAUAGUCGACCCGAAACAAAUCGUUUCAAAGAACAUCGACGGAAUUCUACCACCUUCGGCCUGCCGUCACGUAGGAAGACUCGUGGGAGGUCCUCUUGGCAGUAACGAAAAUAAUGGAAAAUCGCCCGUCCGCGGGAGAAUUACGCCAAUGAAGAUCGGCGUGGGAGAUUACGCCUAGGCCUACCGCUUCACUCUAAACUAUUUUAAAUUAUUCUGCAAAAAGAUUUCUUGGUGUGUUUUUUCGAAUAGAAAAGAACGAAAAAUAAACAAAAUUUGUAACUGAUAAUAAAAUUUAAAUUAAAGAAACGUCUAGUAAUUUAUUAUUUUUCUGCGCCGUCUCCGUACCACCAAUGGAUCUGACUAGCGAAGAUCGCAUCCGUUUAUGGCGGAACGGAAAGAGUUAAGGCUAAACGUGACCCCGGAUUUUAUUCGAUUCCACUUCUUCAAUUUGUGUUAUUUUUAAUUCGAAGCCGGAUGUCAUUUAUCGCGUCUCUCGCAUUGGUUAUACGCUUCUAAAAUUAAAACAAAAGUAAAGUGUAUUAAUUUAAUCAAUAAUCUACGAGCGUAUUACUAUUCUUUUAUACCUGGACGAUAUUUUUAAAAUUUGGAUUGCUUCCACUUCCGGUACCAAACCGGAAUCAGCGCAUCCUUAAACUUCGCAAAUUCCUUUCGGAAACGUAAAAACGAACGGAAAUUACAUUUUCUUUUAAAUUUAUUUUAAAAAUAUUUAAAUACAAUCGUACCCGACUGUGGGUUUGUCUAAAAAUAGAUUCAACUGCUUCCCUGCAAUUACCGAAAAUGGACACGGCCGAAUUAAUAAAUAACAAUAUAAUUUUAUUUCGGUGUAAAAGAAAAGAACAACUAAAUUACAUUUAAUACAAAAUCAAUGGCGUUUAUUGUAAUCGGGACGUUAGGAACGGUACAAAAUUAAUUCGGACCGGAGCGGUCGAGCAACAAUUUUACGG